GCCCCCAAUAACUGAGGAGUGGGGCGGGGAAAGCGUUAAAGAUGGCGUCGGGGCCGCGUCGCUCUCCUCAGGGAGGCAGAGGGAGAGUGUGAGAGAGAAGGAAGCAAAGACGGUGCAGUUUGGGCCUCUAUUUCUGUCGCUGCCGCCGCCGCCGCCGCCAUGUCGGAGCCGGGGCACUUAGGGGUGAAGCGUGCGGAAUCGGCUCGGCUGCGUCGAGCGGAGCAGCUGAAGCGCUGGAAGGGUUCCUUGACGGAGCUGGAGCCGGUGACUCCCGCCCGGAGCCGGUACCGGGGAGGAGGAGGCGGCGGGGCCCGAGUCCGCUUCGAGGACGGAGCCGUCUUCCUGGCCGCCUGCGCCAGCGGAGACACCGACGAGGUGAAGAGGCUCCUGGCCCGCGGGGCUCGCCUCAACACGGCCAACGUGGACGGGCUGACAGCGCUGCACCAGGCCUGUAUAGAUGAGAACCUGGACAUGGUAAAGUUUCUGGUAGAAUAUGGAGCCAAUGUAAAUCAGCAGGAUAACGAGGGCUGGACCCCACUUCAUGCGGUUGCAUCUUGUGGCUAUCUGAACAUAGCAGAGUGAGUGAGUUACUUGAUAAGUCAUGGGGCCAAUGUAGCUGUCGUGAACAGUGAAGGUGAAGUCCCAUCUGACCUUGCAGAGGGAGCAGCCCAUGAAGAUUUGCUCUUGGAGCAAAUUCAGAAACAGAGGGUGGAUCUUGAUCAGACCAGAAAAGCAGAAGAGCAACAAAUGCUGCAAGAUGCACGGCAAUGGCUAAACAGAGGGAAAAUUGAAGAUAGAAGACAGCUCCGAACUGGUGCUACUGCUCUCCAUGUAGCUGCAGCUAAGGGCUACUAUGAGGUCAUGAGGCUCUUGAUCCAAGCUGGGUUUGAUGUGAAUGUCCAGGAUAAUGAUGGCUGGACACCACUCCAUGCUGCUGCACAUUGGGGAGUAAAAGAAGCUUGCUCUAUCCUGGCUGAAGCACUCUGUGACAUGGACGUCAGGAACAAGCUGGGUCAGACACCAUUUGAUGUUGCUGAUGAAGGAUUGGUUGAACACUUAGAGAUGCUGCAGAAAAAACAAAAUAUGCUGCGAAAUGAAGAGACAAGAAACAAGCUAAUUGAAGCUAAUAUGAAUGGGAAACUCCAAAGUGGACUCUUCAAAAACAAAGAGAAGAUUCUUUAUGAGUCAGACACUUUGAAAUCUUUGAGAAGAGAAGAGGAAAACAAAGAGUCCAGUAGUUCCAGCUCUGAGGAUGAAGAAGCUGAGGAAGAUGAUGCAUCAGAGUCAGAUACUGAGAAAGAAACAGAAAGAAAGGACGAGUCUGUUGCUAACCAUUCCAAUCCUCAGUCCAGAAUGCUCAUCACAGAAACAGUACCACCACCUGAGCAUAACUCUUUUACUAUGGCUCCUGCCAGAAAAUUUACACCAUUACUCAGCAAGUCUGAAGAGCAAAAGGAUGAAUCUCCUUCAUCAUGGAGACUAAGCCUGCGAAAAACUAGUAGCCAAAACACACUUAGUGAAAGCAGUAUUCCUUGUGACACAUUGAAGGAGAAGGGCAGCUCAAUCUAUCGCUCCUCAUCAACCCCUAGGAUUUCUGCACUAUUAGACAACAAAGAGAAGGACCAGGACAACAAAGUUUAUUUUGCUUCAAUAGCUCCUCGAAGAUUAAACAGUACUGGUGACAUAGAAGAAAAGGAGAACCGAGAAUCUGCUGCUAACUUGGUACGAAGUGGUCCUUAUAGCCGGCAACAAUGGAGAGAGGAGCCAAGGGGAAAGGAAUCUCCUGCAACUAAUGCACCUUCCACCUAUGUAUCUACAUACAUGAAAAGUUCUUCAUUUGGUAGAAGUAGUGACCUCACCAGUCCCUACAUUUCAGCCAAUCGUAAUGCAUCUUCUGCUACCUCACCCACUAUCCUUGAUUCAUCUACCUCAUUGGGCACAGAGUGGCAGCUUGCCUCUUGCCCCACAUCUGUCAGUUCUAACACUACAGCAUCAGCCCGCCAGUAUACCAGAACGCCUUACAGGCAACAAACAGACUCUACUGUAGAGAAGAGCACAGAGAGCGUCUCUUCUAGCAUUCCUUUAAGUGUCAUAACAAAUCUCACUGUACCGAGUAGUGCCAAUGGUGUUACAACUGCCAAUUUUAACUCACUGACUGGAACAGAGUCCUCUGCUGGUGAUGCCAGGGAUCGAAGAAGGUCCUACCUGACUCCAGUUAGACACGAAGAAGCAGAAUCCCUAAGAAAGGCACGAUCCAGACAAGCUCGCCAGACUCGCAGGUCUACACAGGGUGUGACACUUACAGAUCUUCAGGAGGCAGAGAAAACCUUCAGCCAAUCUCGGGCAGAUCGACAAACUCAGGAACAGCUAAGUGAAAAGUUAGAAAAGACUGAAGCAACAGAGGAAAAGGGUGAGAGACAAGAAGACACUGCAGCAAGUGAACCCAGGGAGACACGCUCACGAUGGAGUAGAAACUUAGAUGAAGAGUUUAUUGGUCGUCGAUUGAGGUGUUCAGCACAAGACAAACCCACAACUCCCACCUCUCCUUCAUUAGCUCCUUAUCUUUAUUCAAGCUCUCACCUACCUGGAACAAGUAGAUCUUCUGACUUGGUGAAUCCAGAAGACUUCCAAAGCACAUCUGGUGACGAUAUGGAGAAAAAUGAAUAUGAAGAUUUGGAUUUGGACAACAGAACUUCAAACAAACAAACAGUUAGAGAAAGGAGACGACCAAAAGAAAGGCGAAGAGGCACUGGAAUAUCUUUUCUCACAAAGGAUGAUGAGGAAAUGGAUGGCACUGAAGAAGUAAAAGAGGACAGGCAUGAAAGACUUUCCAGGUUGGAUGCAGCAAGUUCAAGCACUGGCACCAGUGAUACUUAUGGUGAUCGAUCCUCAGGUCGCAGCAGUGCCUACACCAGAAGAGAGAAUCGUUUGGCUGCCCUCAGUAGCAGAGCAGAAGAGGAUAGUAGCAAAGAUUAUAAAAAACUUUAUGAGAGUGCCCUGUCUGAAAAUCAAAAAUUGAAAUCAAAACUGCAAGAUGCCCAGGUGGAACUCUCCGAUAUCAAAACAAAGAUAGAGAAGGUAGCCCAGCAGAAGCAGGAAAAGACCUCUGACCGUUCAAGUUUGCUUGAAAUGGAAAAGAGGGAGAAACGAGCCCUUGAGCGGAAGCUGUCUGAAAUGGAAGAGGAGAUGAAGAUUUUGACAGAGCUGAAGUCAGACAAUCAGCGGCUGAAAGAUGAAAAUGGAGCACUCAUCCGGGUCAUCAGUAAACUCUCCAAGUAGUAUAUGGGCAUAAAGAUGACAUUUCUGUGCACAAGCUUCCACCUCCUUCUGAUUUUCCAGUUGAAAGAACUGCUGGCAUUUCAGAUAUGGAUCAGCUGGCCACACAUACUACUACUUGCACUUGGCUGGGCAUUCCCAUAUUGCACAGUGCUUAUCCUCUCCUUACCCCCAAGACUUGGCAUAGCCCACACACAUUUCAUUAUUUUUGGAAUGUUAAUGUUAUUCAUUCAGUGGGACAAAUGCUGGUAUGGCACUGUCUUAGCUGCCCAAACAAUCUACUGUAAGCCUCAUGUCCAUCCACAAUAAUCCAAUGUAAAGAAGCAACUACUGUAAUAAGUAAUAAAGAAGUGACUUGUGAUAUUGGCCCAAUAUGUCUUAAGAUACUGCCUUGGAGUAAGAAUAAGGAGUGGAACUGAGAACUGUUACUGAGGAUUUGUCAACGUCUCUUCUGGAAUUUGGGAAUCUGCAAUCUGAAAGCCACAAGAACUUAUUUCUCUGGGAGUCUGACAGUGGUUAUUCAGCUUUGGAGAUGAAUGUUUUCCACAUGUCUCAAUAGCUGACAUUAAUUUAAUAUAAUAUUUUAAGUCUAAUUCAACAGGGAGGGCCUAUAAAUGGUUCUUCCUUUGGUUUUGCUUCACCUUUAUGGUCCUGCUCAACUUGUUUCCUGCUGUUGCCUUCCAUGGUUGCCUUCUCUUGUACUAUUUAAUAAUAGUGUGGUCUUAUAACCUCUGUAUUCUGUGGCUAACACUUUGUCCUCUCCAUUCUUCAAGACUUUCAGUGGGAAAAGAGCAAACCAGAAAACAUUACUUAUUUGGUUUCCAGUUGUAAGAAGUACUCUUGCACAAGAUGCCAGUGUAUCUUUUAAAGUAGCAAAAUCCUCAUUUUUAUGUGAAGCAAUCAUGUUGCAUGAAAAGCUCUGCAAAAUACUUGAGCAAAGGAAAUUAUAAUUAUGAUAAUUUUCGGUGGGUGCAAAAGCAACUGAAGAUAUAAGCAUUCUCCAUUUUUAAAGAAGCAGAAGGUUGAUGGAUGGAGGUGCCCAUCCCUUGUGGAAAAUGACUCAAUUUGUAUGCAGUUCUUGUCAAAAAAUACUGCAUAAUGUUUGAGAUUUUUAAUACAACUAUCAUUUUCACAGAUGUAAAACAUGAAUGAGUCUGCAUCUAAUGAUGACAUUUACAGCAAGGAUCUACAUUGUUUAGAAACCUUUUGUGUGUACUGGAAAUAAAUUAAUUCACUUUUACAGAUUCUCAGAAUAUAACUGCUUCAGCACUCUAUUAUUCUGACUACUAUGAAGAACUACAUUUCAUUUUCAGAAUCUAUUUUAAAAAGUUCCUGCCAUGUGAUCCUUUGCCAGAGGACUUGUUCUCUGUUUUUAAUUGUGUCUUCUUCUCUUUUAAAGCAUGAUACCACUUUUAUGAAGCUAUAGCUCUGGCCUAGAUUUAGGCAGUUCUCACCAUUGAUUAGAAAGGAACCUUUGGGAUCUGAGUAUAGUCACUCAUUAACAGGUAAUUAGUGGCAAUACAAGCUUUUCUCUCAGUGUUUCUCAACACCUGAUCAUCCUUUUUUAGGUUUUCCAUAUUUGUAUGUUACUCUCACUACCACUGGCUGAGAAAAAUGGCAUGGAAUAUUUUAAGAUGGAGAGAUCAGCAUCUGUGAACUGGCCAGUUAAGCUGCUUUUCUACAAAGAAUCCAGAUUUUAAUAUGAACAACUUUGAGGUUGGAAUCUCUGAUUAGAAAAAGCAGACCCUGCGUUUUAGACAAGCACUUGAUUUUUGUUUGUUUGAUCUGGCAUUCUGUCAUAUUUAAAACAAUAUCAGGAAGGAUCAAAUAAUUUUCUGUUACAAAUUCACAUACUUACUGAUACUAUGUUUGGUAUUCUCUUAUUGCACAAUUUGUUUCAGACCUUUAUAUUGCUGGGAUUGGUGAUGAUGUAGUUUUCUUGCUCUGUAUGCACAGUCUUCAACUCCUGCUGACCAGAGAAGGCCUUGAUGCAUGUGCUGAUCUUUUUGCAAGUGAUACCUUCCAGCUCUAGGAUUUGGUAGCUUGCCAAUCUGACUGCUUUGCAUGAGAGAGGAAUUCUCAGUGUAUCCUGUUCAGACACUAACAUGAAAGAUCACUUAACAGCAUAGAAGAAAAAGGCAUACGGUGCUUAUAAUCCAUUCUACAGUGAUUCUUGUAUUCCAUUAUUAACACCACGUAUUGAUAUAAUAAAUAACUCUCAAAGCUAUAGUGUACACAACCUUAAAUCAAAAACUGUGAUAAGACAGCAGGAAAGAUGAUGCCAUAUGAAGUCAAGACAUACAGUUGGAAUAUCAUGUGUAAAUUUGAUUUUUCCCUGGGUUGAAAAUUCUGUGAAUAAUUCCUGUUGGCAAGCCAAAACACUCCUGUAGCAGUGCUACCAAAAUGGUGAAUCAGAUUAUUUUAUGAGGAUUACUGUGACAAAUGCUGAUAGUCAUAUGUUAUGCAGCUUGAUGUUCUGGGCCUCGUAUUGAUAUUAUUGUCAUCAUUUUUAACACUUAGCUUUGGCUUCUUCAGUAGAAUGGCAACGCUCCAAAUCAGUCAUUAGAGGACCCAUCUUUAUUUCCACAGUGAAGUAAAUUAUGUUUUUGCCCAUGUACACAAUCCCUUUGUUUCCUGCUUUUGUAUGAGGCAUUAUUAAACCAAGAAAUAUCUAAUCAUAGUUUACAGUUUCACUUGGUUAGAAAAUUGGUUAUCCGUUUUGGAACUAGAGAAGAUCUUAAAUCAUGCUAUGACAUUUGCUGUAGAUGCUGGAUUGUUCUGAAGCUAGUUCAAACAAAACAGAACACUAUGGCUUCCUGGGCUAAUCAUAGUUUAAGCAAAGGGGUUGUGGAUGUAGGCAAAGGCCCAUUCAUAUCUUAGUCAGUGGUUUUAAUACAAUGAAAUAAACAUUAUAGAAGAAUUCAGGACAGAGUAUUCAUGUGCUAAUUUCAUGUUUGCUUUUAUUAAAAAUCAGAAAAUAUUACAACUACUGAAUAAUGUUUCCUUCCUGAUGUAUUAUAUUGUUAUAGUUUAAUGUUCUUAUGGAUUUUAUAUGAUGAUAUAAUCAUGCAGUCUGCUGGAACAUUCUCUGCAUAAACUGCAUAUUAUGUGAGAAAGUCGUUAAAUAUGAGAGCAUUCAGCCUUGUGGAUACUGGAGGUUUUUCUUUAAAAUAGGAAGUGGACCUUUUUCCUUACUACUGUCUUAAUUUCACAUAUAAUGUACAUUGUAAGAUAUGUCUGCAUGUCUGAGGUCUUAAAGACCUCUGCCACAUCUGUGCAGAUGCUUUGAUUUAAAAGACAUAGCUUCAAGUAAGGUAGAAUCAGGACUUGAGUUUUAUUGUUUAUAAACUGGAAAGCUGAAGUUUUAAUGGGAUCAUUGUUGGUCAAAGCAAGUUUCAGAUGAAACUAGAGGUUCAGAAAAGGGGCUGAGUUGAGGGAAGCAAAUGCAUACAGGAAGAAGUCUUCAGAGCUGAUAAUCUGUUUAAUGGGCUUUGUUGUUGAGUGCCUUCAAGUCAUUUCUAAUUUAUGGUGUCCCUAGAAUAACCAUUAAGGCUCCCCCCCGCCCCGCAAGAUUUGUUCAGAGGGGGUUUGCCUGUUUGCCUUCCUCUAAGGUUGAGACAGUGUCACUUGCCCAAAGUCACCCAGUAGGUGUCCAUGGCCAAGUGGGGUUUGAACCCUGGUCUCCAUGGUCAUAGUCCAACUCUCAAACCACUAUACCGCACCAGGUCUUACAUUACUAAAUUUUAGUAAUAUAGAUGAGGCACUGUUAAAUGAAAGAACUCUUAAGAAUGAUUGGAAAACCAUUUCAAAUUGGGGAAACGGAGAAAGAAUGUACUUUUCUUCAGCUUUUCUGUAGUUGAAGUUGGAUAGUAUGAGCAUCUGCUUUCUGUAUUCAUGUUGAUUUACAGUUAACAGCAAAUUUAUGGAUGGGUCAGAAAGUUGUUGAGACCUGUUUCAGCCAGACAGGGAGCCACUUUUCCAGCAAUACAGGAUUUAGGAGAAGAUUUCAAUCUUAAAAAUAAGCUAAUUUUUAAUUAGUUAAUUGUCCCCAGUCCACAUAAUCUGAAUUUGAUUACUGGAAGCAAGUCUAUAGAAAUUGAAAACAUAGAUAUGGAGCUACCACGUAGUCUUUGUUCUUUCAUAGGCUGUGGAUUCAAUCCAGUUUUGGGUUUUCGUUCAUAGUAAAACCUCUCUUAUUCUCACAUAUUAGCAUAUAAGUGUAGCCAUUAUGUUAUUUGUCUAGUGUUCUAGAUGUGUACUGAGCCAGGAACAAUGAUUUCCUGGCUCAGUACUCAUCUAGAACACUGAUUAGUAUUCCAGCCUCAUCAGGGCUUUGUUGCCCAUUUUAUCAAAUCUCCUUUUAGUGGUUCCCAUUCAGCAAAGUACUAUAUUCUAAGAAAUCUCUCCACCAUUCAUAUGAGUAUCUGCUCACCUUGGCUUUAGGCAAUAUCUUUCCUCCCACCCAUGUCCCCCAGUGACCAUAACCAUUGUUAAAACGGAACUUGUGACCCCAUCAUCCCAUUGCAUUUCUGUUCCUAUUCACACACAUAGCCUGCUCAUUCUUAAGUAUAAAUGUAUUUCCAUAGGCACUUCAUUCCAUGCAUGUGAUGAAGUAGGUUCAGUCUACAAAAGCUUAUGCUACCAACCUCUCUGUCUCAAAGGUCUACAGUAUCCUUUUGCAUACCAUUUCAGACUAAUACAGCAGUGCCUUUGAAUCAUAUUGUAUAUGCAGCCACUGGCUUUGUUUCAAUAGACAGGAGACUAACAUUUGCUUUGAAUUAGGGAAGGCCAAAUUUGUUCUUGAGUGAACUAAUAGAAUAGUAAAAAUCAAGGUAAAAUAAAUGGUCUAGCAUUCUUUAAUACAUGAAUGUAUAUGAUAGAUAGGUCAUAUAAUAGAUUCAAAUAUAUCCCUUUGCCCUCGUACAUGUUAUAUUAGUCAGGGCCUCAACUUUUCUGAAAAUGGAUUUGAUCCAAACUUAGUCAUGAAGCUCCAUAACCACUACACUACCACUCCAGAAAUUGUUCUUUGUAAGCAAGAUAUCAGUAUAUUUUAGGAGAACUUCCACAGUUCAAAUACAGGUUCAUAAGCAGGUUUAUCUGAGCACUUUUUUCUCCAGUGGUUUGGCUGUUUAUUAUAUCUGAAAGGGAUCUUGUUUUGGUAGGACGUCUUGCAAAUAAAUCAGAAGAUAUUGAAAAUGUUUGUUAUUUGCACUCACAUUGCUGCAGCUUUUUACACUCUUUGUAGUUUUGAUGCAGUCUGAUUUUUACCAUGCUUUUUUGGCUUUCCACACUCCACCUGAUCCACUGCUGUAUUUGCUCGCCUGACGCUCUGGGCAACAUCUGAAUUUGAACCCUAGUGUUCUAAAUGCAUGUUUCCCGCAAGAGGCAUUUCUAGUUUAGUUUCAAGUUUGCAAAAUCCCCACGGUAUUUUCCUUGAAUGAUUUGUGUUUGAAUUCACAUUCAUCUUCAUGUUUGAAAUCUGUGUGUGGUUCUGCUAGAGUCAGCAUGUUCCAAGAAGGAUUUUUUACUAAGAUAACUCCUUAAAAGCUUACAGGUGAAAACUCAUUUCCCAGGAGUUUCCUUUCUUCUCUGAUGUUCUCUCUUUUCUGGGCCAAGUUGGACCCAUGGUGAAUGCAAUUUUCAAUGUGUUGUCACUAUACCACUGAAGAAAAAGCAAGGCCGAAACCAUUGUCAUAAGAUCUGUUGUGCUUCUCCCUACCUGAUUUUAAUUGAUGCUGUUGUGGAAUCUAGUAACUAGCCCUCUCUGCAAAUGUUAACGCCUGGAAAAGAGAGAGAGGUUUUCAGCUGUUGGCUUGCUAACUUCCAUUUGCAAGUGCUCUGUACUUACCUGUUUUAAGGAGAGUUUUACAGAUCUUUGUAAAUACACUACUUGGAGAAAAGAUAGCCUAUGAGUGAUGGAAAAGAAUGUAUUUUUAUGCAACUUUUUGAGUGGCCUUUCAAACUCUGAAAUGAAUGAUUUUUGUUUUCCUGAUUGUUAUAUAGUAUUCUAAGUAUUAUAUGUAUGAAAGUUUGAGAAUAAUAUUCACAUCUAUGAUGCUUGUAAACACGAACAGUAUUUAUAAAUGAAUAAAGUAUGUGCUUUAACACUGA